AGCGGGGUUGAUAGGCCCACAAGUUUACUUCCUUUAGCGUCUCUCUUUCUUUUCAGAACUUUCUAGAGCUUAAGAGAGAAAGUACGAAGAGCGGACCCAUGGCAACCAGCGGGAGCUAAAUGCGGCAUUGGGAGAGAAAGCUGAUCAUGCUGAAUGGCUCUGCCAGCGAGCCUAUGCCUAUAUACUAUUGAAAGAGUAUACAAGUACGGAACCUUGGAAAGGACACCCUGCGUGGUCCAUACCCUUCAGCUUGUGGUCAAAAUUAUCCAGAAGGAUCACGCAAUCAAAUGACUGCUGGACAAAGUCAGGCUCCUGGUGAAAGUAUUUCGCAAAUCAACAGUUGCCACAGAGCGCUUGCUGCAACAGUGUAGACUUUAUCCUCAUCGAAGACUGUCCAACAAGACGGUCCUGUCCUUAUUUGAUGAUCUCGCGUUUUCUUGACGUGAAACACAGUGUAACAUCGGUAGCUGACACCAUGGGCUGGGAUGGCCUGUUACCCCGUGGGUGGCAGAAGUUGGCUAUCCUUCGAGACUUGCUACUUCCAUUUGUAGAACACACGAAAGUGCUUGAAAGUGACACCAGUUGCCUAUACCUUGUUGUGCCUGCACUGUUGCACUUGAGGAGUAACUUGUCUGACUACUCCUUAACUCAUGCCAGGAGCUACAGGGAUAUAGCUACACUGGCACAGAAGAUGAAUGAAAAUAUGUGUCAACGCUUCAGCUGUUUCCUGGAUGUCACAGACAGCAAGUUCUUUCCUCUUGCUGUGGCUGCAUGCUUUGUUGACCCCAGUGUAUCAGCAGAAGUCCUUAUUGAAAACGAUGAUGAGGAAAUUCAGAAUCUUCUAGAAAGUGCAGAAAACUACAUUACUAACAAUGUGCCACCAAGACUGCAAGAUGAGAUGUCUGAAGAAGAAGAGGAAAUGCCAAUGUCAAAACGGCCUAGAUUUAGGUUUUUCAGUGCCAAUCAUCCAUCAAGGCCAAGCACCUCCAAGACCUCCAUCAGGCAGGUGAUUCAGAAAUACAAAGAAGGGCUGUCCCAUGCUAACACUGAGGAAUCUGGGAUGGAUUUUUGGACAUCUCAGAGUUGCACUGUGAGUGCACAUCUGAAACCUCUGGCCUUGAAUCUUCUGGCAAUGCCAGCAUCACAAGCUUUUGCUGAGCAUGUCUUCUGUUUAGCUGGGGACCUCACAAGCGGUCGCCGCAACAGAGCAAGAACCACAUUGGAAAGAAGUGCUUUUCUCAAGCUUAACAAAACCUGAAUGGUGUGGUGCUUACCAGCGAUUGUUUUGGUUGUGGUUUUAGGUUUCAGUUUCAACAACAUAAGACUUAGACACACAUACUUUUUUUAUUUGCAUCUUUCCUUUCUUUUAGUUGUUAUUCUAACAAAUCUUGCCUUGUAAUUAAUUUUUUUUUAUAUGGCAUAAGUAUUGAAGUGCACCAUUACAGUUGAUGUAUGUACAGUAGUUUAUUUUAUUUUGUUUCCAAUUUUGUAAGGCUAACUACUUUUAUUUCCAGUGUUCAGAAUUGAUUUUAAAAAUGGUUUCAGGACAUUGUAUAGUCCAUACUGCUUCUACUGUUUUGUAUUAAUUGUUAUAAAGAGAGAAUCGGACAACUAACAGUUGUAGUGACGAUUAGAAAUAAAUAUGCAAAUCAGAACAAGUUCCAUGUCUUGAUGUAUUCCUUAAAUUGACACCAUCAGACCACACCCUUUCUCCAAACAUGCAUUCUUAAUUAUCCAACCUGUGGUUUUCAUCAGAUAAUGAAAAGAUAAAUCUUGAAAAAAUUAUUUUGGCUAGACUAGACUGACUGACUGACUGUAAAAUAAUAAUAAUAAUUGAUGAUCUUCUUGCUAAAAUGUCAAGUUUUCAUUGAGUAAAACUAGACUAAAAUGCUGAGACUUUGUCGACUAAAACUAGACUAAAAUAAAAAAGGGAUAAGGUUGACUACAUAUGAUUAAAAACUAACAAAGACAUUUCAUACGGGACUAAGACUAAAUUGAAAAUAGCUGACGAAAUUAACAUUACGGUAAACACAAUCCGCCGUGCCAUCUGCAGAUGCCAACUAAAGCUCUAUCAUGCAAAAAGGAAGCCAUAUGUGAACAUGGUCCAGAAGGCCCGUCUUAUCCUGUGGGCCAAGGCUCAUUUAAAAUGGACUGUUUCAAAGUGGAAAAGUGUUCUAUGGUCAGACAAGUCCAAAUUUGACAUUCUUGUUGGAAAUCACAGAGGCCGUGUCCUCCGGGCUAAAGAGGAGGGAGACCUUUCAGCAUGUUAUCAGUGUUCAGUUCAAAAGCCAGCAUCUCUGAAGGUAUAGGGGUGCAUAAGUGCAUAUGAUAUGGGCAGCUUGCAUGUUUUGGAAGGCAAUAUAAAUGCUGAAAGGUAUAUA